AUGCCCAAUAUCUCCUUCUUCUCCUAUUCUUCUUCCUCCUCCUCCUCCUGGAGCGCUAGAUCCUUGCAACAGCUGCUUUGUGAGGAAGACUCCCUGGGGACGAGGAUCUCUUUGUCUCUCUUCCACUUGCUGCUAGCCAUCUACGGGACCAUAUCCAACAUCAUGGUCAUCUACCUGGUCUUCACCUUCAGGAAGCUGCGCACCACCAGCAACACUUUCAUUGUCAAUGGUUGCCUUGCGGACCUGAGUGUCUGUGGCCUUUGGAUGCCGCAAGAAGCGGUGCAGGGGCUGCUCCCUUCCGGCUCCCCGACGGCGCGCUCAGAAGGGUACCGCUUGCUCCGUGCUGGGCUGGUGGGCCUUGGGCUCACCGUCUCACUGCUCUCCCACCUGCUUGUGGCCCUCAACCGCUAUGUCCUCAUCACCAAGCCACCCGUCACGUACCAGGCUGUUUACCAGAGGAAGCACACGGCCUGGAUGAUCGGCUUGUCCUGGGGACUGGCCCUCCUCCUCGCCUCAGUCCCCCUGGGACUGCAGAUGUGGCAGCCCGGCCGGCAGGAGUCUAGAAAUGGCACCAGUACCAAGAGCUCGAACUAUAUGGGCCUUCUGGUAGCCCUGGCUGUCCUCUGCCAGACAAUCCUCCUGCUCCACUGUUACUUGGGGAUUGUCAGGAGGGUGAGGGGCAGUGUCAAGCGCGUCAGCGUCCUCAACUUCCACCUGCUCCAGCAGCUCCCCUUCCCAGCAGCCCCGAUGGCUCCCCGCCGGGCCCGGCGCCUGAGCAGCAUCUCCGUCUUGCUCCUCUGCCUCGCGUUCCUCCUGGCCACGCAGCCUCUGGUGUGGGUCAGCCUGCUGGGCUUUUUCUUCUGGUCCAUGCCCCGGGGGCUGCAGAUUGCCAGCUGGCUGCUCUUCUGCUCUCUCUCCGCCUUCAACCCACUGCUCUAUACGUGGAAGAACGAGGAGUUCCGCCGCUGUGCCCGCUUAGUGCUACCCGGAGGGGAGAACCCGGUGGCGGCAGUAGCUGCGGCAGCAGCCACUACCACCCUCCCCACAGUGUCUCUUCCUUCACAGGAGCCAUCGCAGCUGGGGACCAAGGUGGAAAGUCUAGGCAGCUUAGUGCUUCACUGA